GGCGGCGCGAGGCGAGCUCCGCUCAAUUCACGGUGACCGAAGCCGCAACUUUACUGCCGACCUCUCGUCAAUCGCAACCUCACGACGCCGCAUCGAUUCCACUAGCCUCUCUCAACUGCUGCAGGGAGAUUCACAACACUUGUCAUGGCGUCAGGAUACGGCCUUACCGGGGGUCCCUCCCGAUGCUUCCCCUUCUGGCAGGAAUUGCUCGCUUGCUACGUGGUCAACACCUCCGGCGAUGAUGAUUCGGGCAAGAAGAAGUGUGCUCCGGCCCUUGAGGACUACUACGAGUGCCUGCACCACAAGAAAGAGCGUGCGCGUGUCGAGGCCCUCCAGCUGGCAUACCGCAGGGCGGAGCAUGCCAGCCCGAGGGAAGAUCCUCCAACGGCAGGGCAGAUACGGAACCUGGGGUUAAUAGGAAAGGAGGAAGACACAAAGAAGGUGCUUGGUCGAUAAGCAGGAGAAUUCAUUACUAGAGAGCUGUGGGCGGGGAGCUAUCCUGGACGGGUUUUGCUCUCGUGUACAUUUCAAAAAGAACUGUUAAGACGCAAUUCC